GUGAAACGUUAUGGUUGGCCAACUUCUUUCUCAGCGGACAAACCCGGAAGUGUAUUUCGUGUCUCCCUUGAACACAAGCAGUUGAGUUAUAUGUGAGCACAGGCGCAUCUUUUGGGGGCUUUAAGUGUGAGUGGCCUGAGACGUGUGCAUGUCUGCACAUGUGCAUCUUAAGGUGCUGUGUCCAAAGGGUCCUUUGUGGAGAUGUACUGUAGCAAUCAGGACCGGCAGGAGUUGGAGGAUGAGCUCUACCGUGGAGAUGGAUAUGAAUCUGAGGGUUCAGAGGCCAUCAGUGAGCUUGAGUUCCACCUCUACAGUCAGCUCCACUACUCUUCCAAUGCUGGGGAUUUCGAGCAGCAAGAUGAAGAGGACCAGCCUACCCAGGAGAUUAAUGAGCCUGAAAAGACUGCAGAGAAGAUCAACAAUGUAGAACUUAAAGAGUCUCCCAAAAACGGUCCACAGUUGUUGAACACUAUCAAGCCGCAGCAACAACACAAGAGUGAGAAGUGUGUCAACAAAAAGAAGGGAAAGGAGCUACCUAAAGUUCAUGAAAAAUUGUCACCGUUUGAGGAGGUCAUUGUCAUUGAAUCCAGUUCCGAAGUUAUAAGUGUGUCCUCCACCUCUUCUGAGGAGGAGGAUGAUGAUGACGACAAAGGAGUUUGUGCAUUGAAGGGAGGCAUUGGACGCAGAGUACGGACGUCUACCCUGGCCCACACGGCACCUCCUAAAAAGGACAAUAAUUUUGCACCAGUGAUUUUGGAUUCAAGCAGCUCAGGAUCUGAUUCAGAGUCGGAAUCAAAAUCUGACUCUGAAUCAUCCCUUUCGUCCAACUCCUCUGAUUCGGAUGUUUUGGAGAACUGGAUGAUCUUGGGGCAAGGCCAGCAGGAUGGAGAUCAUUCCAUUUCACUAAAUCUGGAAGGUAGUGCUGACAUCAGUACAGAUGUUGAAGAGGAUAAGGAUGGGAGCUGGGUGAUUUUAGAUAAGGACAGGGAGGCUCAAAUCUUCAACAAAGAAAGGCGAGCCAGAAUUGCCAUAUCACGUUUUACCAACCGAUAUUACACUGACAAGAAUGUCCAUUGCCGAAACUGCGAUAAGAUGGGACAUCUUUCCAAAAACUGCCAUGAGCCCAAAAAAUUGCCUGUUUGCUUCCUUUGUGGCCAUUCCAGUCACAUGGCCAGUGAGUGUCCCUAUAAGCACUGCAACAACUGCGGCCUUCCAGGUCACUUGUAUAAUUCCUGCACCGAGAGAGCUUACUAUCACAAACAGUGCCAUCGCUGUGGCAUGACGGGCCACUUCUUUGACGCCUGUCCAGAGAUCUGGAGACAAUACCACAUAUCAACCAAGAUGGGUCCUCCUUUGAUACGGCAAAAGCAAGACAAUGGUCGAAGGCCUGCCUACUGUUACAACUGUUCCCAAGAGGGACACUUUGGCCACGGGUGCAAUCAGAAGAGAAUGUUCCGAGGGUCAUUCGCUUCUACGCCUUUCAUCAACUAUUAUGACACCAACAACGACAUCAAACGCAGGCAACAAAGGCUCAAGUUCAAGGUUAAAGAACUUAUGAAAAACGGCCUUCUAUCCAACAAUUCUCAAUCUCCAUUUACUCCAGGACCUCCGCACAAGAAACAAAAAACGAGUCAUGCCAACAACGAACACCUCUUCAACAAUCAUUUUGAUAGGACUCCCAGAAGUCACAAAGCCACUGGAAGCCAUAUAUUUUUUCAUCACACAAAUGAGGUUGCAAAAAGUACAUUUAAAAAGCACAAACAGGAGAGCAAAGGCAAACAGUGGAAGCCCAAGAGACCAGUGCCCAAAGAAAAGCCUGCUCCACCCAAACUCAUUGUGGAUGAAAUGCUAGAUUUUCCCAGAGGUGGAGCAAUAGGAGAAAAAACAGAGAAGAAGAAGAAAAAGAGUAAGAAAAACAACAAAAGUUCCGCAGUGGGGCUCAAUGGUGGUGGUCUUUUGAGGACAGCAGCUGGGAAGUCAAAGAAAGAUAAUCGUGCAAAGAAAAGUCAUCUACAUAAAAAAAAGGCCGCACAGAUGUAUCCAACAGAUGAGAAUCUGUUUUGCAUAAAGCAAAGGAAACGCAAGCGGUAGCAGUGUGUAUUAGCCUGUUUCCGUGUGUGUGGGUGUGUGUCAGAGUGCUAGUAAUUUUACGUUAAUAAGAAUAGAUUUUGUUUUCUUCUUCAUGUUUCAAUCUGUCUCAAUUAAAUUUGUCUCAAUUAUUUGUCGCUAAUUAUAUUUUUUUGACUGCUUCUUAAAAUGUUAAAAAUGAUUCUGCAGUUUUUUGCCUCAUAUUGGAACACAUUUUGUAUUUGUAGCUUCUGUUACGAUGGAAUUGGAACCAGUUAUAUAUAUAUUUUUUGCUGUAGAAUUACAUACAAUGCUGACAUGUGUAACAUGUCACACUUCCUCCUAAAACGAUUUUUGUCAAAUGCUGAACAAAUCAUCAUAAUAUAUAACCCAUAAAAGAGUGAGAUUUUAAACAUUUUGUUUGAAGCAUUGCUUUGCCUGAGGGGGGGGCACCUAGCUUUAGGGCUGCAGCUAUCGAUUAUUUUAGUAGUCGAUUAAUCUAUCACCUAGUUAGUUCAAAAAAUCGAGUUAUCGAAUUUGGAACAUUUAAUGCGUUGCAGAAUAAAUUUUAGGAAAUGGCUUACUAAGAUUCCACUUUCAAAUCAGCAUUAAAUGUGAAUACAAAAUAAAAUUCCCGAGUGUUUCUUCAAACUAUGCAGAAUUGCGCUUUUAUUUAAAAAAUAAAAUACCUGAGCUUAGUCUCAAACGGUAUGAAAAAAAUACAUAUAAAUGCCAACAGUCCCAAUGGCGGCUAAUCUAAGUACAACAAAAGAACAAUUGGCUAACUUGCAUUGCAAACGUCCGCUUGCUUAAAUGUUAUAAAAUGCCAACUUUAAUUUAUUUAUUUAUUUAUUUUUUUUAAAUGCUCUUUACAAAUCAUUCAAACAAAUAUUCCGACAAUAACGUUAUUUAUACCUAUAAACUACGAAUGCUUAAAAAAAAAAAUAGCUCAAACAAAAACCUUAUGUUGGUCGUAACAGGGAGCAGCUGGAUUCAGCUAUGUUAAAUGAGUUAAAUGUCAUAUUCACUGUUUCCACUAGACGGCAGUGUAACCACCCAAAUGAAAAAACCUAAAUGCAAACACUUUCAAAACCUUUACAACGCCACUCUAAUUAAAGGAAUACUCGAAGCAGCAAAAUUUGUUUUGAAGCUUUUUUUUAGUCAAAUUGAGUUAAUCAAUUAAUUGUUGCAGCAAUACUUAGUUUGAUGCUAGCUAACGAAAGAAAACAGACUUCACCUGCUAACGGUUGGUAUUGGUAGUUAGCUUUUACAAGCUACCCAAAAUGUCUAUCUGAUAUUUAGGCAUCAUUCAUAUCGACAUAUGUAAUGAUGUGCAUGCAUUUAAUUUGAGUAACAUAAAUACAAAGCAGAUUAAGUUGCCUCGCGGUCGUCGAAUUCCAUUUUAGCUUGGAGUGUAUCACGAUUAGCCCUCCCGGUUAACAUGGAUUUGACUUAUUGCUGUUCAUGGCAAUUAUUUUGAUUUUAUCAAGUACAAUUAUAUAGAAUUUUUAUUAUUGCAAUAUUUAAGUGACUUGGCCCGCCCGCAAAACAAAUCUCCAAAGAGAAGAUAUCACACCCAAAAUGAGUGUUUUUCAGCCUGCUGGCAUGCAAUGCAUAGGCUUUCUAUCCUCUUGUUGCCGUGUAACUGUUCUGUCAAACGUAUACUAGCUAGUACUGCACUAGAAAGCUAGACAUCAUCAUCAUCAUUUAUGGUUGUGAUGUCACACCCAGAGUUGUUGGGGGGGAGAAGUGGGCAUUCUCUGAUGCAUUGUUUUGGGUGGGACUGCCAUGAAAUGGUAAAAAUAUAACCAGAUUUGAGUGCCAAAUUUGUUUUCUCUAUGUUAAAUUUGUGCAUUUUCAUUUUAUGACCAUUUCAUAGCACCAUUAUGUCACGGCUGCGCAGUAAUCCCUCGUUACUUCGCGCUUCAAACUUCGUACCCUCAGUCCGUCACAGAUUUUUUUCAAUUAAAAAAUAGAUAAAUGCAGUAUCUUAUAGCGCUGUCCCGAUCCAAUCGAGUAGUCUUUCGCUCCUGCCGCUUUUCUUGGUCAGGCAGUGCACUUGAGUUGCUUGUUAAAGUUAAUGAUGAUUGACAGACAAUAAGGUUUGAUCUUGCCAGAGACGUUUGGAAACUGAAACUUCGCCCCGCAUACGUCAAUCAUCGUUUAACUUGUUAAACAGUUGCUGUGGCAACUCAUUGUGUGUAAGUGAGCUGAUUUGAGUUGACUCACUCAGUGAAGCAUUUCAUGAAGACAUUACAUUUUUCUACUUUAUAAUUUAUAUAUCUUUAUAAUUAUAAUUUAUAUUUUUCUACUUCAUAAUUAUUACAUUUUAAGUGCUUGAAAACCAUCUAUCAAAAUAUAUACAUUUUUUUCAAUGAUUAUAAUUUGGCAGAAAAAACAUGUCUUAUAUUUAUCUCUUACAAUGCUGAAUACACUGAACAAUUUUUUUGUGGAGGGGGGGUAAUUUGCGGUUUUCACUUAUCGCAGCAGGUUCUGGUCCCCAUUAACUGCGAAAAAAAGAGGGAUCGCUGUAUAUUUAAUUGCUGUAAUCACCUGUGUUGCCAUCUUGCAAUCUUAAGUCUGUCUUGACUUAGAAUUCACCGAGCUUACUGGUAAUAGUUGCAAUGUAGAGCCUUAAAAAUGACAGGUUGAAGGAGCGGUGGUUUCCACUCACACAUUAAAAGAUAAUCUAAGUCUGCUUUUCCUUAUUUAAUAGCCUUCAGAUUUAGUAACUGACUACACAAUUCACCUUCUCUCUUUUGUAUAUGAUGUAGAUAUCACAAUAAAAUACACUCUCAACCUGAAGAAUAGCUGUUAUUCUCUAAAUUUGCUUUCACAUUUUUAACUAGGAUUGAGUUGGUUGUAUUCUUAACCCCCUUAUGCACUAAUUAUUAUGUUUUAAACCCUUCCAGGGCAUGCAUUUAACUCAUUGGCUGCCAUUCACAUUGCUAAACAUUUAAUCCAUUUUGACUUGAAGGUGCAAAUAAACGUUCAUUCACCUCUACCUGUCCAAAUGGAUGGGACGUCUAGUGCCGUCAUUGGCACUGAAAAAUAAGCAUUAAGUCAGUCUUCGCUGACUGAAUACACAACAUCUUUCAACAUCAACGGCAUACAAUGUCUUAAAGCAACACAAGGUAAUUUUUCAUCCUUUAUAAAAUAUUUUCAUAACAUUUGUGAUAAUAGGUUGACUGACAACUAGUUGAAUGACACCUCUUUCAUAUCUUGAGGGGGUCUGUAUCGCUUUCACCUGCACUAAUUAACAUUGAGGAGGAUGGCAGGAACCCUGCCACACACAAAAAAACUACAAAUUUGCUGACUGCUUGACGGCAUAUGUCACUUCCCCCUUUCCCCAUUCAUUAUAAAGAUGGACGUCGAUGUGAACACUUUCACGCAAAUUCUGCACAGAUGGCAGAGCAACAAAAGAGACAAAAAGUUGUCUGAGAAUGGGGAGAAAAAAAAAAAACGGCUUUCACAUGCUGGUGUGACGCUAUGACC